GCCAGCUUAAAAAAUGGCAACUUUCUUGCUUGCUCUAUCAUUGACCACCCUCCUUGUCACGACCUCCAUGCGAGGCACAGCAGCCGUGGAGUACCAAGCCAGCAACAACGCCGGUGGAACCACCGGUGGCCAGCGCUUCGACAGUGACAUCGGAUUAUAUUACAGCAAGCAAGUACUUGUCUCUGCUUCAUCCUUCAUAUGGACUACCUUCCAACAACAAGAUGAAGCCAGCCGAAAAAACGUUCAAGUAAUAACCCUAGUCAUUGAGGACAUAGACGGAGUGGCUUAUACAAGCUCUGACAAUAUUCAUGUCAGUGCACGCUAUAUUGGCAAUUACCAAGGUGAUGUGAAGACUGAGAUCACUGGUGUGCUUUACCAUGAAAUGGUGCAUGUUUGGCAGUGGAAUGGGCAAGGUAAUGCACCAGGAGGGCUCAUAGAAGGCAUAGCUGACUACGUUAGGCUCAAGGCUAACCUUGCACCGAGUCAUUGGGUUCAACCUGGACAAGGUAACAAAUGGGAUCAAGGUUAUGAUGUUACAGCUCGCUUCUUGGACUACCUUAAUGGCCUCGAGGAUGGGUUUGUGGCACUUCUCAAUGCUAAGAUGAAGGAUGGGUAUAGUGAUCAGUUCUUUGUGGAUAUUCUUGGCAAGACUGUUGAUCAGCUUUGGAGUGAUUACAAGGCUCAGUAUGGUGGCUAAUGUUUAUUAUACAAUUAAUGUUGUGUUUGCUAUUAGUUCUGAGUGGAGUAUUUAUUAAAUAAGGUUUUAUUAUCCAAUAUUAUAAACGAUGAUGGUAUGGUCAA